AUGCAGAAUUACAAUGCAGCUACUCUAGUGGUCAUCCCUACUGCUGCCCAAGAUUCUGAGGCUAUCUUGAUGUGUCGUGCUCUGGCCGAAAAGCUAAGAAUCUUGGAAGGACAUAACUCAACCCGAUUGAGUGCCUUGGAGAUGUGUCUGGUCCCAGACGUGGUGAUUCCUCCAAAAUUCAAAGCGCCGGAAUUUGAAAAAUACAAAGGCCUCACAUGUCCUAACACACACUUGAAAAUGUAUUGCAGAAAAAUGGCUGCCUAUGCCAGAGAUGAUAAGCUCAUGAUCCAUUGCUUUCAGGACAGUCUAACUGGGGCAUCUUUGGAUUUGUACAUGCAGUUGGAGUGUAGCAACAUCCACACUUGGGAUGAGUUGGCUGAAGCAUUUGCAAAGAAAUACAAAUAUAAUACUAACAUGGCACCAAACCGUACUCAGCUUCAGAGUAUGGCCCAGAAAGACAGUGAGUCUUUCAAGGAAUAUGCGCAACGCUGGAGAGAAUUGGUUGCAAGGGGCCAAUAUUAUGAAAGAUUGAUCAGUAGUGUGUCCACAGGAUUUUCUGACAUGGUGAUCGUGGGAGAAAGAGUAGAAGAAGGACUGAAAAGUGGUAAAAUCCAGGGAGGUUCCAUCAGUCAACCAAUAUUGAAGAAGCCUUUCAACGGAUUCAAGAGGAAGGAGGGUGAGACUAGUGCCAUUUAUUAUUAG